UUCAGAUAAAGAACCCCCUUUUUGAAAUUGCUGGCUUAGUAAAUAAGUGGAAGCAACAUAUGGCAGCUGUGACUAUAGUAGUACCAGUAGAAUAUGAAGUCAAUGGAAUGUGAAGUAGAAUCAUCUAAACAUCUGGAAUCAGCAGAAUGUGCUGAGUCAGCAAAAUUAGAUGAAAAUGAAUCGGCAAAAUCUGUAGUCAGUGUUCAGAAUGUGGAGUGGGCAAAAUCUGGUUAUAAAACAAACUUGGCUGUCCCAUAUUUUCUCUGUUUCCAGAGGAUGAAAGAAGUGACCAAUGAUUAUGUGAAGCAGUAACCAGGUAAAACUUCAUCUGAAGUCAGUAGAAUCUGAUGUAAUCAGCAGAAUGUGCUGAGUCAGCAAAAUUAAAUGAAAAUGAAUCAGCAAAAUCUGUAGUCAGUGUUCACAAUGUGGAGUGGGCAAAAUCUGGUUUUAAAACAAACUUCGCUGUCCCAUAUUUUCUCUGUUUCCAGAGGAUGAAAGAAGUGAUCAAUGAUUAUGUGAAGCAGUAACCAGAUUCUCUGGCUGCCUAAAUGAAUUGCCUGGUGAUAUUUCUCCCCUUAUUACAACAUGACUGACCUAAGUCUAAAGAAGCAGAAACUGGUGGAAGAACUUCAUGGCAUCUUUUCUCUUGUUGAGCAACAUGUCCUUGAGGACUUGGUCCAUAACAUGUGCACUCAAUACCCAGAGUCAGAUGAAAAGGAGAUUCUGUUCAUUUGCUCAAAUCAUUUGCUGAACAACAUUGCCAUGGAAACUGAUGACAGUAAUUCCAGUAGUGCCAAUACAGUUGUAAAAGAAUGUGAGCAGAAACAACAAGUGGAUGAGGUGUUGUCCAUAUUCCCAGACGCUGACCAAGGGUGGAUCCUGCAGCAGUUAACUAUAAACGCAAACUUUGAUGUGCAAACUUUGAUCAACAGAAUGCUGGAGAACAAAUAUCCAAAGAAUUUAAAACCCCCACACACUGGAGCAGCCUCUCUGAAGCCAGCGCACUCAACUAGUGAACAAAAUUCAGAAGCACACAAGAGACUUGUUAGUGGUUUCAAUUUAGCUGCUAAUGAACCCGGUGUGGUUGGUGCUUCUGUUGUGCCUGACAAACCAAACACUGUGCAGGACUCAGCUUCUCCAGCAUGGGGGAGGACAGGUCAGAUGAUGUCCAGUGAUGUCCAGAUUCCAAAUGAUGUCCAGUUACAGGCUGGAAGCAGUGGUGCGAGUUUGUCAUCCCCUGCAACCAACAACAAAGAAAGAAUGGGCAGGAAAAGCUGGAGGCAAGAGGGGCAUUCCCCAAAGCGCAUAUUGGAAAAUCAGGGCCAAGAGCAUGCCUUUAAACAUGGUUCAGAAUCAACCUUGAUUAGAAAAAGACUGAAAAUGAAACCACACACGCCUGUAUCAUCUUCAUGUGGGAAAAAUACUGAGCAGUCAGCAAACUUACAGAUGGAUAGUAGUUUGCACCUUGGUCAGCCAUCUAAUGGUCAUCAGAAGAGUGAUGAGUUCGGGUCAUUAUUCCAGUCAUUAUUCCCUCCACAUAAGCAUAAGGUUCCAAGUGCCAACAAUAAUACCACCCUUUUAAAGCAAAGAGAAGUAAUGCAGCAAAUGAAAAGGUUACAGGAAAUAUUAUCUUCACAUGAAAGCCCUUCUUUGCACCAAAAUUCUGCUUGGCAUAGAAUUUUUACUCCGCAGAAUGCACCAACAUCAUCUGAUUCCACUCAUGGACAACCCUGUUUACAUCACAAUCGAAGACAACAUCACCAUUCUACUGCUGAGAAAUGCACCCUUACUCCAGAUUGCAAUUGCCUGGUUGGCAAGAAAAAACUUGUUAAGGGGCUGUUUGAUGGGAAGUCAAAUCAGUGUUCGCCUAUGAGAAGAACAAUGCCAGUUGGGGCCGAGAGUGGAAGUCAAAGACCUGAGACCAAGCCACUGAGGUCAGAGGCAGAAUUACAAGGGCUAAAGGUCAGACCACCAAGGUUGGAGAAUUCGACAUCUUCGGCAGGGCCUAGCACUAGUAGGUCAGUUAGCUCAACAAUAAACCCCAGUCGUUCCAAUGAGCAGCAUGACAAUGAUCCCAAAGAAAGCCUGUUGAGUGAAAGCCAAAAUCUAAGGCCGGAGAUCAGAUUACAAGGUGGGAAAGACGUGCCACCUAGGCAUAAGAAUUCAACAUUAUCAUUAGCAGCAUCCAGUACUAGUAGAUCAAACAGUCAGAUAAUUGAACAGAGAGGUUUUGAUGAACUGAAUGAUAGUGAUUCCAAGGACAGUUUGUUUUCUCUCGAACCAUCUUCUGCUGAAUCAUCUUCAGAUGAUGACUGUCUCCCUGAUCUUGAACCACAGAAAGGGGCAUCAACCACCUCAAAAGUGAAUCAUGCACCUGCGGGUGCAAAUCAGAGGUCUUUAGGCAGUCAAGUGGCCAAAGGACACAACUUUGAUAAAAGCGAUAUUUUUUCAACCAUAAGUGUUCCCAAAGCAAGUGUCAUGCACAAUGUGCCUGGCAUACAAAAUGAACCUAGUAGUAGAAGUCCACGCUCUUUUGUAGUACUUGAUCUUACAGAGGAUGAUGGCACUACCAUGACGGUGGAAACAACUGAUAUGGUACAUGUAGGUGGAAGUCAUCUGUUGGCAGGGCAAGAAAAAUCUCCACUGGUAGAUAAAGAGAGCAACAGUAACCAAAUAGAUGGUGUGGCAGGAGUUGACAGAGCUGGUGGUGAAAGUAUGAUACAAGAAGAUGCUGAAUAUAGUAGUGAUGAUGGGAAUAUAUCACCUCUGGAUCCAGAUUCCUUUGAGAUGCCGUGUGAGAGUUGCAGUAGGAGGGAGGCAAUUAAAAAACUGAUCCAGUGUUUUGAUGGUCACCUUUCCUGUGCCAGGUGUGUACAAGAUGAGGCCAAGGAAGCAAUUACCGGAGAUAAAAAGGGUUUAUUGAAAUGCCCUAAGGAUGGUUGUGAUUGUCUAAUGCCAAAAGAAUUGCUAACAUCUGUGCUGCCUGAGAUGGUGUUGGACCUGCUGGAAGAACAGAGACUGAAAGCAGAGAGGGAACAAAUUGUUUGUAUGGAUGGCAUAGUUCAAUGUCCAUUUUGUGAAUAUGCAGCAGAGUUGGAUGCAGCUGUGAGGGUGUUUGCUUGCCAGAACACUGGUUGUUUUAAGGAAAGCUGCAGAUACUGUAAAAGUGAAAUGUCGAUUGGAAACCACACGAACUGUGGCAAUGCCCAGCACAUACCAGUGAAUGAAGCUGGAACUACCAGAGAACCUGACACCUGGGAGGAGGCUGAUACCAAAGAGAAGGGCUUUGCAUUAGUCCCAGUGGAAAAAUCUAAAGAAGAAUAUAAAAAAGUGGAAAAAUUGUUCUUGCGAACUCUCCCGAGAUGCACUAUUCUGUCCAUUCAGAGGUUACAGAAUCCAAAACUAUGGCAAACGUACAGUCUUCAGAGGACACAUAUGCUGGAAGAAAAUGGACUACAGAACCUUAAUGAGAUGAGGCUGUUUCAUGGCACACAUCAGGCAAAUAUUGAUGCAAUUUGCAGACAAAACUUGGACUGGAGACUGUAUGGGAGGAAUGGAUCUGUAUAUGGACAAGGCACAUAUUUUGCCAGAGAUGCCAGUUAUUCCAACAAGUAUAGUUUUCCUUUUCAUGGUGCACAUGGCUUGUCAACGUUAAUCAGAAAAGUCAGAAGUGGGCAUGGCUUCAGGCAUGGAGUUACAGCAAACAAAAUAUUUACACAGACCAACCAAGGUCCUCUGGUGGUUAAUGGUUUUGCACAAACCAACCAAAAUGUGGGUUCCAAUCCUAGUGCUAUGCAGACAAACCAAGGAACAAUUUCUAAUCAUGGAUUUAUGCAGACCAACCAGGGUGCAGCUGUCAAUUCUGGAUUUGUGCAGAACAACCAGGGUGCAGCUGUCAAUUCUGGAUUUGUGCAGAACAACCAGGGUGCAGCUGUCAAUCCUGGAUUUGUGCAGAACAACCAGGGUGCAGCUGUCAAUCCUGGAUUUGUGCAGAACAACCAGGGUGCAGCUGUCAAUUCUGGAUUUGUGCAGAACAACCAGGGUGCAGCUGUCAAUUCUGGAUUUGUGCAGAACAACCAGGGAGCAGCUUUUAAUUCUGGAUUUGCACAGACCAAUCAGGGAGGAGCUUUUAAUUCUGGAUUUGCACAGACUAACCAAGGUGAUAGGUUUUCACUUCUGUUAGGGUUGCCCCAGGGUCAAAGAGAUGCAAGACAAGGCAAUGCAGUUGCGACAGAUGCGAACAAGCAAAGCCAUAUGGCCAAUCUCCAAGGAAGAAAUAUCCCUAAGGGAUACACAUUAAGUCUUCCUUCACCUGGCAUGUCUCAGCAGUCUGCUUCUACACCUGCCAACCAUGCUGGACCCUCGGGCCUUUCUUCUGGUAGCAACAGCCAGACAAUAUCACUGGGGCAGGCGUUUCAUGACCUUUUCCAGCAGUCUGCAGCACGUUUCCACACCAGGCAACAAGCCACAGCCGUUGCUGCUGUUCACCAUGGAAACAUGGGGCAAUGUGAGACAGAGACCGGAGGGCCUAGGUUUAUGUUUGUGGUACGCGUCCUGGUGGGUAGAUACACUAGGGGAGAUAUAUCCAUGAGGAGACCACCCCCAAUCCCUGGUGAUCCGCAUAAUAGUCAGUAUAAUUCAUGUGUGGACAAUCCGAAUGACCCCACCAUUUAUGUGAUCUUUGAAAAGUCUCAGUGUUACCCGGAGUAUAUCAUUGAAUACAAGUAGUUUCAGAUGUAUAUGGAUGUGGUAUGUAAAAAGUGUUAGGUAAUUAUGGAAACAGGAUUUCAUGUUACAUAUUCAGAUAAAUACUUUUAUUCACUUAAUUUGCAUGGAUCAUAUGCAACAUUUAAUCAGAUUAAGAUUUUAACUCAAAUGUUACAUCAUGACUUUUAACUUUCUUUAUACAUGUGGGAGGAUAUUAUCAUAAAUGUUAUACCUUUGCAGUGUUCAUACAGGUUUGAAAGUGCUUUAAUUUAGCUUUGCUCCCUAUAUUCAGUAUACGGCCUUAAAAAGUGCUCGAAUUGAUCACUUUGUCAUCAUAAAGACCAAAACGUUUAAGGCCCUAGGAAUAGGUGCAUCCAGGCUUUGACAUCUGCUCUCCAUUUCAUACUAUCUUAAUUUUGCCACCUUGCCUCCUAUAUAAUGCAACUUGUCCAUUCCCUGAUGUCAUCCUUUGGGUCCUCAUAGGCAUCCCUUGAAACUUUUUUUCUGCUGUAGCAGCUAUGAAUUAAAAGUUCUUUUGACAUCUCUUUUUAUUUGGUGUCCAAAGAACCUUAGUUUUCUCUCCAUGAUAGUAUUUAUAAAAGUAUUAGGGGGCUUGGAGUCCUAGUAAUUUUGGUCUUUUUUUCUGUCCAGCUGAUACCCAGCAAUCUCCUUUAAUUUAAAAACCAUGAUCUUUUUCUUCAUUUUUUUUUUCUGAUAAAAUCCAACUCUUGCACCUGUACAUUAAAUGCACUUUAAACACAUUGAGCUCAUUAG